CAACACGGUACAGCUGACGGCGCUCCAGUGACGUGUGUACGUGCAACACGCACGUCCGCUCGCGAUCUAUUUGCUGCUGCUACUUGGUACCAAUGAUGGUGAGACGAAGUGGUCGGUACACGGUGAACUGGCGAGGGUUCAGGGACUUCACGGCAAAUAAACCACCCGACGACAGGAGCGAAACAGAAGACACAAAGGCGGAAGAAGAUUUGUCAAAUCAUGAAGUUAUAUUCCUCAGAAGUAUUGUGGAGAGUCCUGAUUUUUUACGAAAAUAUAAGUCGGCUGAUUCGGAAGAGGAUUUGAUUGUCAAGCCAGUUUCCUUGGAUAACUUAAGUAUCAUACGAUCACUGAGUGAAUAUCGAGGAAACAAUAUUCGAACCAUCGAACAAGCAGAACUUGCUAUACUCUUAUCACGAGUACAUUUCAGAGCAGUUAUUGAUGCACAUGAUCAAAUUGGUAACAUUUGGCUGGAGAGAGGCUCUGGUGUAGAUGAAAAGGUUAAGUUAUUGGAAAGUAACUCAGAAGAGUUGAGUGCAGAUCAAAACGGAGAAAUGCCUGUAGAAACAGUCAAAGUGGUUGGCCUUAGAAAAGUGCCUGGACAACCUUUAGGAUUAACGGUGACAACAGAUGAGCAUGGGCAGCUUAUAGUUGCGCGAAUAAUGGCAGGCAGUGCUGCCGCUAAACAAGCAUUACUAAAUGUUGGAGAUGUCUUGCUUGAAGUGGAUGGUGUUCAAGUAGACACUGAAGAGCAAUUGAAGCAAGCCGUAUCUAAACCUAAUGACAGGGUCACACUCAAAGUGGGACCAAACCUGAAAGAUAAAAAUGGUCAAUCAAAUAAUAAACUAAGUUGUUACGUCAGGGCAUUGUUUGACUACAGUCCUGUUGACGAUUCCUUAAUUCCAUGUAAAGAAAUUGGCUUAGAAUUUAAACGUGGGGAUAUAAUGCAGGUGUCAGACAGAAAAGACCCCAAUUGGUGGCAAGCAAGUCAUGUUGAUAAACCAGAUGUUGUAGGACUAAUACCAUCACCAGAGCUAGAAGAAAGGAGGAAGGCAUAUGUACCACCCGAAGCUGAUUUUGUUCAUAAGAUUAGCAUAUGUGGAGCUAGAAUAUCAAGAAAGAAAAAGAAGUUUGUAUACGAGUCUCGUUCGAGUGUGCAGUUGGAAGGAGCUGAGCUAGCUCUGUACGAGGAGGUGGCCCGGACGCCGCCCUUCUUGAGACGUGUGCUGGCGCUAGUGGGCACGAGGGGAGUCGGGAGACGGACGCUCAAGAACAGGAUGAUACAGGAGCACCCCGACAGGUUCACAGCAGUCCUGCCACACACCUCCCGUCCUCCGCGGCCCCUGGAGGAGAACGGCUCGUCUUACUGGUUCGUGUCUCGAGAGGAGAUGGAGCGAGACGCGCACGCCGGCAGGUUCCUGGAGUAUGGAGAGCAUAACGGACACUUGUAUGGGACACAUCUAGAUUCCAUUCGGGCUGCCAUCAAGGAAGGUAAGAUGUGUGUUCUGGACUGCGCGCCCCAGUCCCUCAAGUUGUUACACAACAGCAGCGAGUUCCUGCCCUACGUGGUGCUGGUGGCCGCGCCGGGCAUCGAACACCUCAAGAACCUGACGCACGCUUCCAACAGGAACCUGGCGUUCGACCGCCAGAGCUCCAUCAGAUACAGCUCGCGUCGCGCCCGCACGCUCGAGUCGCUGGCGUCGCUCUACGAGGAAGAAGACAUGAAGCAAACACUGGAGGAGAGUUCCCGCAUAGAGCGGCAGUACGAGAAGUACAUCGACUUGAUAAUAGUGAACAACAAUACAGACACCACUUACUCCAAGAUCAUGGACGCUCUGCACGCUCUCUCCACCGACCACCAGUGGGUCCCCGUCAGCUGGAUAUACUAACGGUGCCAGCAGUCACACGCACCUUACUACGACCUUCUGUUACGUUAUGGUGGCCGGAAGUAGCAAUACCGCCAGGUUUUGUGAUUUCUAUAAUAAUUAUUCGAUUAAUUUUAUGUUUUGCGAUAUUGCGACGUUUCAUAGCUAUUUGCGUUACAUAAAUUGUCUUCUUAAUAAAAGCAGUAUGAAGUUACCCGCAAGUUUAAAAUUACUUGUCUCAUAGAUCGACAUUCAGGUGUGAAAUUAUUAUAAAUAUUAUUAAGUAUUAAAAACUUUAAUGUACUCACGACUCUCAACUAAAUAUAAACAUCACACUGUCACAAUUUUAUUAUAUAUAUUUUGACAAACACGACUUACAUACAGUACUUAAUUUUUUGGUUUUUUUAAUGUUUUGACUUAAUGUAGGGGAUAAAAACAUGUCUCGCAAUAAAAAUAUUGUGAAUUUUGCAACUUAUCAUAAUAUGUAUACUUAAAAACAAAAGUUUUAAACUAGAUAUGUGAUAAGUUGCAAAAGACAUCACCGGUCUUAACGUGCCCCCAAUGCUGGCUGUAAAAAAACAUGUGUGCAAUCACACUGUGGGAGUUUACCUUGCCGAGUGAAGGGGGAAGAAGAAGACACAAAGAGAAACACGAACAACAACUUGUCAGCACUUGUAUAAUAAUCUUAAGAUGUGCAUUGCGCAUGAACCUCUAAACUGUAUAUGAAGUCCUGGUACAUAUUGCUAGGAUGACACAUGAUUUCAACUGCUAUGAAAGACGUUACUAUCACCGCUACGAUAGUUACGUUCUCCUGGUGUCUAUGGAGUAAUAUAAAGUACUUAUUACCUCUUUUUUUUUAAUGUUUAAUGUAAAAAUUUCUUAGGAGUUUGCCAAUAAUGCUUCAUUUGUUACAUCUUAAUUAGUUUGAGUUCACUAAUGUUCAUGUGUAAGUGGCGCAACCAACAUUAGUAAGCUAUUUACCGCUAUAUUGUUUCCAGUAGCAUGGAUGUUUCGAUCAGAGAAGUGUAUGUGAGAGGCCUAAUCUCAACCCAAACUACUGAAAUGUUCAGUAUAUAGCAUGAUGUUAUGCUUUUUGACAUGAGAUCCUUCAAAUUUACUUUUAUAUGUAUAUGUCAUACGUUUUUGGAGUUGUCGUAUUUACUGUCAAAUUAAUAUUGUAGUUCAUUAAAAGAUAUAUUAUUAAUUUAUUACACAUAACAUAAAUUAAUUCGAAAAUAGUCUAUGAAUUUAGUGUGAAUAUUUUGUCUAUUGUGUUGAAAUUUGAGGAGUUGAUAGCAUACAGUGUGGAGUUCCACCUCAAUAUAAAUUAAUUGUUGAGUUAAUAUGUGCUACGUACUAGAGCAGCCUUUUCAUCUUCAUUGUUUGUAACGUGAGUUAUGGACAGCCGUCGUCAACUCAUUUAGUCUAUGCUGAGCGUUUGUAGCAGCAACACGCAUUUAAGUUUUAAGGUUGUAGCCAUGUCAGUUCUGUAAUCGAUCAGUAUUUAAUCUAUAGCACCGACGAGUAGUUGUAGAACGUUGACCAAUACGCGUCAGUUUCAUGAAAAUCCCGGCACUUUCAGCAUUCUAGCGCUGCAUGUUAAUACUGUCUGGUUAGACGACAAAUGACUUGCAGCGGACUCAUUUCUUUUUUAUAGCUUCUAUAUACGUCAGUAAUAAAAGGUUUUUAAUCCUAUUUGAUUGAAACAUCUCAAAUCUGACGAAUAGAAUAGUUAGAAGUAAGUUGUUUGAGUGUAUGUUAAUCGCGUCAUGCGAGAGCCAUCGUAUUAAAUAAUCUCAUAAUUAAUUUUGUUAGUAUUUACUUUAGGAUAAGUUUUUAUAUUUUCUAGAAACUCGAUUGCGUACUUGAAUUUGGCUGACUUUACAAACUUAGGCCCAAUAUUUUUGAACUCGUUAAAUAAUCUUUACAAAGCUAAUCAAGUCAGAAGUAUUACUCAAAUACCACUUUCUUAAUAGGUGACUACUGAAUAUAAAUAGUUUUCUACUGUUUUAAUAAAUCCGGUAAUUGAGCCAUAGAGUUGCAAAUAACACGAAUUAUUAUAAACUGAAUAAUACGUGAUCAUUCCAUGAUUACCAUUAAAUGUAGAAAUGGAAGGUUUGUUGUUUUUUAUUGUAUUUUAUUUAAAAAAAAUACCGGUUUUUGUCAAUAAUUAGCAUAAGACGAAUGUUUAUUUAUUUUAUUUCUAAAAAAAGGCUUUUUCUUUUUUAUUUCUUAACACGUCUGUAUGUUAUUUUUUAUUAUUUUACUGACUUUAUUUUUACAUAUUUAGCAAAAAAUCACAAUUUACAUUAUCAAAUAUGGCAACAUUAAUGUCCCACCAAUAAUUUUAAUUGCUUAGAAAUUAAUUAUUUACUGACACAACACUUUGAUGCAUAAAUUGCCCCCUAAGUUAAAAUUAUUUUGUUUGUAUUUUUUGCAUUUAUACAGCAUGUAACUUUAGUAAUUAUCUAGUUUAAUUUUAUAAGUGUAUAUUAAUGUCCAACACUGCAUGCCCGUGACACCCUUUAUAAACCAUCACUCGGAUAUUUUAUUUGAUCGUAACUUUUUCAUAAUAUUAACGAUUGCAAUAGGCGGGUCCUGUUUCCCUUUAAAAUACCAUGAGGGAUAAUGUUUGGCAAUAUGUUUGUGUGGAAAAAUGUCGCAAGUAUUUAAUUUACAAUAAAUACAUCACAUAGUAUCACAAAAUUUGUGAUUGAUUGAUUACCAAUAUAUUAUAAAUGUAGUACCUACUUAAUAUGUAAGUUAUGAAUCACCAUUCAGCAAAGUUAUGAUAAUUUGCUAUCAUCAUAGUAUUUAAAUGGUUUAAAUCAUUAAGAACAUUACAUUCCGUCCAUUUUGUUUCGUUAUUUAGCUAUAAAGUUUAUCGUAUCAGGAAUUAUUAAUAUUUUUAUGUAAGGGAAGUGCUUUUAUAUUAUUUUGCAUUAUAUUGUAAUAUUUACGUUAAUAAAAUAUUUUGCUAUUGCGCUA